GCACUUCAGGAGUGUGUUGAAUGUGAAACCGGUUCUCUGAGUGUCACACGCGGUGUGUAUCCGCGUUCCUGCGGGUUUUUCUGUCCAGGUGUAGUAAAGCAGUGAAGUCUCUUUGCUCGACCUUUCAGUCAUGUGUGUUCAGACAUGAAGCUGUCCGUGUGCUGCUGCUGCUGCUGGAUGUUUUGGGGCUGUGUUGCUGUCGCAGGCGAUGUCAAGAUCAAUCCUAUUAUUACGGAGGAGCAGUUGCUGUGGGUGGGCGGCGGGGCCGGGAUGGUGCACACAUACCGGAUUCCCCUCCUGAGCUUCACCCCCCGCGGACAUCUGGUGGCGUUUGCAGAGGCUCGAAAGACAUCCUCAGGUGAUAUGGAGGCCAAAUUUAUAGCCAUGCGACGCUCAACAGACAAAGGAGCUACGUGGUCUCCCACUACCUUCAUAGAGGACGAUGGGAUUCACACUGAUGGCUCAAACUUAGGCUCUGUGGUUGUGGAUGAAGAAACAGGAUCGCUGAUGCUGAUCUAUUCUCUGUGCUUCUACCGCUAUCAGUGCAGCCCUUCUAGCACCAUGUUAGUGGAGAGUCUGGAUGAUGGUGUGACCUGGAGCGCUCCUCGCAAUCUCUCUGUCCAACUUGGGGUCAAGAGCUUCAUCCCAGGGCCGGGAUUUGGCAUUCAGAAGCAAUAUCCUCCUGCGAAGGGGCGUUUGGUGGUGUGUGGUCACGGCACUAUCGAGGGCGACGGGGUUUUCUGUAUCCUGAGCGAUGAUCACGGGCGCACAUGGAGGAACGGAGGCUCACUGAAGAGCAUCCCUUAUAACCAGCCCAAACAGAGCCAGGACUUCAACCCUGAUGAGUGUCAGCCGGUGGAGAUGCAGGACGGCAGCAUUGCGAUUAACGUGCGGAACCAGAACAACUACCACUGCCGCUGCAGGAUGGUGGUGCGGAGCCUGGACGGAGGAGAGACUCUGCCCGUGGAGGAGCUGAAGUUUGACCACACGCUGGUGGAUCCCGUGGUGGCGGCUGGAGCGCUGCAGAAGGAAGGACUGCUGUACUUCAGCAACCCGGCCAACUCCCAGAAGAGGGUGAAUCUGACUCUGCGCUGGUCUCUGACUGAUGGUAACUCAUGGGAAAAAGAGACUUUUCAGAUCUGGGAAGGGCCAAGUGGUUAUUCCUGUUUAACAUCUCUCAAAGAUGACAAAAAAUACAUCUUUGUCAUAUAUGAGAAAGGCCAUAAAGACUAUUGCGAGACCAUCUCUUUAGCAAAAAUCAGUCUGUAUGGUGGCAUGUAGAAGCCAAACUUUGUGCACAGCUCUAGAACCCAACAUGACCAGUGUGUGACUAGCAUUGUUAAUGAAGCAUUUCUGAAAUACUUCAUGACUUGACCUGGCUUAGCUCUUCACCUGGGAUUAUUUGUCUAACCAUGCAGUUCACACUUCUUCUCUACAAACUUCUUCUCUAAGUCUCUGACAACUCAACUGCUUUGGAUGUUGAUGAUUGACAAGAUUUGACAUGUUGUAUUAUUUUUAGUAUUCUGUCAUCACCUUCUGUAAUUCAGUCUCAAUCUUAUAACUCACAGUAUAGAUCCCCCAACCCCCAAAUAAUCAACAAUAUUAUGAAGCAUGAAACAUGACAAUUCAGUGGUGAGGGAAUGACUGUUUAUCACGGCUAUAACACAAGUGACAACAGGAACUAACUUGUCUCUCAGACCUUCCACAACAUUAAAUCUAACUACUAAUCUAAUCUAAUAAUUGUAAUUGGUGGCAAAUUGCUGUGGUGUAAGCAGAAUAACACACUCCAGACCACGUUUUUAUGCGAAAAUAAUGCAUUUUGAGGAGGUAGCGGAACUCCACUUGCGCGUUGUGGCACAUCACACCCCCACAGUGUAAUCCACGGUGUGCAUUGUUUUUGUAUAACAGCAUGGUCUGUCUUGUUUUAUUCUUUUCUUAACAUAUACAGUGAUCAAUAUUAAAAGCAAUAUGGCCUUGAAAAUGUAUGUAAUGUGUAUUUGAAGGAGAUUAAAAUUGAAGGAGACUGAUUAGUGCUUGAAGUUGAUGUCAAUGACCAACAAUAAACUGCUUAAAUAAAA